AUGGAGGAGCAAUCACAAGAACAGAGGAAGGUGGAGAAGCCUUACACACCUCCUUUGCCAUAUCCUCAAAGAUUUCAGAAGGAGAUCAAGGACCAACAGUUUCCCAAAUUCCUAGAAGUUUUCAAGAAGCUGGAAAUCAAUAUUCCACUUGCUGAAGCAUUGAAGCAAAUGCCUCUAUAUGCAAAAUUCCUAAAGGAGCUUAUCAGCAAAAAGAGAAGCUGGAAUGAAAAAGAGACAGUGAUAUUGACACAAGAAUGCAGUGCAUUGAUCCAAGAAGGCCUUCCACCAAAACUCAAAGUUCUUGGGAGUUUCUUUUUGCCUUGUACCAUUGGUAACAUAUCCAUUGAUAAGGCACUGUGUGAUUUAGGAUCUAGUAUCAACCUGAUGCCUUUAUCCAUGAUGAGAAGGCUAUUUAUAGAAGAAAUGAAGCCUACACAGAUGUCAUUAGAACUAGUGGAUAGAUCACUGGUAAUUCCCAAGGGUGUGAUUGAAAAUCUCUUGGUCAGAGUAGGGAAAUUCAUAUUUUCAACAGAUUUUGUAAUCCUGGACCUAGGUGAAGAGGGGAGUGAUUCUAUUAUACUGGGAAGACCUUUCUUAGCCAUAGCAAGGGCCAUCAUUGAUGUUGAACAAGGAGAAAUGACUUUUAGGGUACAUGAUGAGAAGAUCACUCUAAAUGUCUUUCAGGAAAUACAGCAUACUAUUGAAGAGAAAAGCUGCAUGAGGGUUGAAGAAGAAGACUUGCAUUGGAAAGAAAAACCCAAUGAAGGACUCAUCAGCUUACCCCCAAGGUAA